CAAAACAGAAUUACAUUCCCUCUCUUUUCUAUACGACUCCGAGUGUCUUGUCCGAAAUCUCCCAAAACCAAUCCAGAGAUGCUUAUCGUCACGACCACCACCGUCACCUGAAUUUUUGUUUCUGCCCCUCCACGCACCACCCUACGCUACACCGCCCGGCGCAUCCGAAUCACCGACGCCACUGCCACCACCGCCACAUCUAUGUAUAGCAAAAUCACGAUCCUAGGGUUUCUCUGUUCUGGACUGAUCCUCGGCGCCGGUUAAGCCAAUGCUGUUUCCCGGAAUCCUAGGGUUUCUGACCUUCCUCUUGCCUUCGAUUUUUUUUGUUUCUCUUCUGAUUCGCCUCAAGUGGAGGGAUGCGGCGGCGAAGAAGGAGGAGAUCAUGAGGCUGGUCGCCAUGGCCUCCGAGGAGGCCGCCUUGGCCGAGGUCGAAGCUACAGUUGAGUACACUUCGAUGCCGGUAGUGCGGCGCUACCAGUGUGCCGUCUGUUAUAGCCCUACAACUAUGCGCUGCUCUCAGUGCAAGACAGUCAGAUACUGUUCUGGAAAGUGCCAAAUUAUGCACUGGAGACGAGGUCAUAGAGAUGAAUGUUGUCGUCAACUUGGUGCCAUGGAAUUUCAAGAUAAAAGUGACUUUGGUGGGAAAGCAGUAUUGGAAAAACAGUCUGAAAUUUUUGAUACGAAAGGACUACAUACUGCUUUUGCAUCUUCUGGUUCCUCACCGUCUGCUGGUUUCUCUCUGUCUCAUGCUGGAAGUAAAUCCUCUGUUGAUAUUUGUUCCAAUCAGGGAAUCAGGUUUGGCACAAUCGACAGAUCAGAGAAACCUCUAUCUGAUGAUGAUGCCCCUGAUAUGCUCUGUAGAACUGCUAGCUUUAAUGAGAUGGAACUAACUACAUCUCUGCCCACACAGUCUCCUAAUUCAGUAAGUUUUAUAGAUGGUAUUUCUUGUGCAAGCAAGUCAACUAAGAUGAAAUCUGGUCAUAUUGAUGAAGGGGUGGACAAGUCACAUUUUUCUAAACCCAAGCCACUUAUAACCAAUGAUGUGAAGCUAAAAAGUCCUCGCAAUUGUAAGCCCACCAGAGGAUCUGCUUUACCAGGAAAGUCAGUUGCAGAUGCCUCUAAUUUUAGGUGUUUGCCAUCCCUGAACUGUUCAGUGUCAGAUUCUGUAGCUGAUGAUGGGGAAGAUGAUUCUGAAUUAUUUAAGUGUAAAGAAGUUAGGUCUUUGCCUUUUAAAGCUUCUAGUGAUCAUCCAUCUUCAGCCACCGCGGGACAUGCCUUCUCCCAUCCCAAGUCUGCAAAGACUGAUGGUUUUCAUACCUUACCUGCAAAAGUUGGUAGCAGCCAAAGCUUGCCACAAGAUAUUCGUAAUGGCUUGAAAACAUCAGUGCGGAAAGUUGUACAGCAGUUUAGGGCCUCAAAAGAGUCAAAACACAAAUUGUCAGGUCUUGGAAAUGAUAUUGCUGGAAAGCACAAUUGCAAGAUAGUCUUUCCAUAUGAACUUUUUGUGCAACUUUACUGUUAUGAUAAGGUGGAACUAUGCCCAUUUGGCCUUACAAAUUGUGGGAACAGCUGUUAUGCUAAUGCUGUUCUCCAGUGCUUGGCAUUUACUCGACCUCUUACUUCGUAUCUUCUUCAUGGGCUUCAUUCUAAAUCAUGCCGAAGGAAGGGAUGGUGUUUUAUCUGUGAGUUUGAAUGCCUAAUUCAGAAGGCAAAGGAAGGCUAUUCCCCUUUGUCUCCCAUUGGGAUUUUAUCCAAAAUACAUAAAAUUGGAAGUAAUCUUGGUCAUGGGAAGGAAGAAGAUGCGCAUGAAUUUUUGAGGUAUGCUGUUGAUACAAUGCAAUCCGUUUGCCUGAAGGAAGCUGGGAGUAUGGGUCCAGUGGCUGAAGAAACAACUCUAGUAGGCCUGACUUUCGGGGGUUACCUUCGAUCUAAGAUAAAGUGCAUGAAGUGUCUUGGCAAAUCUGAGCGGUGUGAGCAAAUGAUGGAUCUCACCGUUGAGAUAGAUGGGGACAUUGGAACUCUUGAAGAGGCUCUUGCGCAAUUCACAGCUACUGAAAUUUUGGACAGAGAUAACAAGUACUAUUGCAGCAGGUGUAAAUCUUAUGAGAAGGCAAGAAAGAAGUUGACAAUAUUGGAGGUGCCAAAUAUUUUGACAAUAGUUUUGAAGCGAUUUCGGUCUGGUAACUUUGAGAAGUUAAACAAAUCAAUUCAAUUUCCUGAGGUCCUCGACAUGGCCCCGUAUAUGAAUGGAGUGUGUGAUAAGUCUUCUUUGUACAAUCUUUAUGCGGUGGUGGUUCACUUGGAUAUCAUGAAUGCUGCGUUUUCUGGUCACUACGUGUGUUAUGUGAAGAAUUUCAAUGGGGAGUGGUUCAGGAUAGAUGAUAGCACAGUAGAACCUGUGGAAUUGGAGAGGGUCUUGUUGGAAGGGGCGUACAUGCUCCUUUAUGCUAGGAACUCUCCAAGAGCCCCAGCUUUUAUAAGGAACAAUGUGGUGUCUCAUGGGGGACGGUUAAAGAAAAGGAGCUUGGAAGCUGUUCCUUCCAGCCUGACUACAUCCAAAACAGAGUCUAAUACUAUGGCAGCACAGCAUAAGCUUGGAAAGCACUAUAAUCAAUUGUUCCAUCCGGAGGAUUGGAGAUUCCAUUCAAUGCAAAGAAUUCCAUCAGUGGAUUCAUCCAGUGAGAGUUCUUCCCUUUUCAGCAGCUCAGAUGCAAGUUCUUGCAGCACUGCAAGCAUCAAGGACUCGUCGAGCACGGGAGACUUGUCUGAUUACAUAUUUGGAGAAGUAGGACCCAGUUGGUACAGCCAUUACGGGCUUUCAUCGGACCCGGUUUCAUCUUCCUCCUAUGGAAACUUAGAUGGAGAUUCAGAAAUGGACAAUGACAUCUGGAGGGUAGGGUCCGGAGGCAAUGGCUGGAGGGAGCAUUUGGAUGGGAAUGGAAACUCAGGGAUUUUGUAUACUGAGACUAGUAGACAAUGUAGAAAGUCUAGUAGCAGUGGUUGUAGGGACUCUGAAUUGGAGCAAUAUGGCUUAGCUAACCCUUUUGUUGUAAAUUCUGGUGUAACAUUAAGAAGAGUAAGUGGUGAUAGAUCAGCUCAAACGUUUUCUUGAGGUUUGAGUUGAAAGAAAGCAUUGUUAUUUAUGCUAUAAGGAAAAAAAAAAAAAAUCAAUCAUCGAUUCUUUUCUCCAU